CGAGUUCUUGUCACUUAUGGACGAUGUUGUGAUGUUGAUGUCAGGGUUUAGCAUCAUGGACAUGUACCCUUCUUUCAAGAUUCUCGAGAGAAUUACUGGAAUUAGGCAUAAGCUGGAGACGUUACACAAAAAGAUUGAUGAAGUACUUGAAAACAUUCUCAAUGAGCACAGAGUCAAAAGAGCAGAAUGGAAACCUGAAAAUGGAGAAGCAAAGCAGAAUCUGCUUGACGUUCUUCUAAAUGUUCAACAAUCUGGGGAAUUUGGAGCUCCACUUGCCGACAAUAAUAUCAAGGCAGUCAUAUUUGAUAUUUUUGCUGCUGGUGGGGAGACGUCGCCAACAACUAUGGGAUGGACAAUGGCUGAAAUGAUUAAAAAUCCAACAGUAUUCAGAAGAGCACAAGAUGAGGUACGACAAAUUUAUGGUGAAAUGGGUAAUGUUGAUGAGUCGCGACUUCAUGAAUUGAAAUACUUGCAUGCCGUUAUUAAAGAAGCUUUGAGAUUGCACCCUGCUGCUCCACUAUUACUUCCAAGGGAAUGUAGUGAGAAAUGUGAAAUUCAGGGAUAUGAAAUCCCUGUCAACACAAGAAUCCUUAUUAAUGCUUGGGCAAUUGGUCGAGAUUCGCAGCACUGGAGGGAACCUGAGAAAUUCUUCCCAGAGCGGUUUCUUGAUUCUGAAAUCGAUUUCAAGGGAACAACUUUCAAUUACAUACCAUUUGGUGGGGGAAGAAGGAUGUGCCCUGGCAUAUCAUUUGCUGUUCCUGUCAUCGAGCUACCUCUUGCUCAACUGCUCUACCACUUUGAUUGGAAGCUCCCUAAUAAUGACCUGCAGCAAGAACAACUAGACAUAGCUGAGGUCUUUGGCGUCGUCGUCAGGCCAAAACAGGAUCUGCUCUUGAUUCCCAUUCCUUACCAUCAUUCUUCUAUCUGAGAUAUUUGAUGUCGACAGGGUUGAUGAACACUAUGACAUCAAACACUUGCAUCCAUCU